AGGACGUAGUUCAACUUCACAGGAACCCUGGUCUUGAACGCCUCUCCCCGCCGCGUCUCUUCUUUGCCAGAAACUUCCGAAAGAAACCUGAGAGAGAGAGACAUGGGGAGAUCGAGAAGGAAGUAUAAGAAUUCCAGGGCCAAGGUAAGGGUUGGGCUUCCGAGGAGAAACCCUAAUGUCUUCAAGCCUGCUUUCAACCUCCCGCCGAAGCUCCGCUCUCUCAUGGCGGACGAUCUCCCUUCGUGGGACGACAACGCCAGUGUCGUCCAGAACUACAAGUCCUUCGGUGUCGUCUCUAACCCUAAUUUGCUAGGCGUCCGGUCCCGCACCGUCCAUCUGGUCCAAGCCGACUCGCUCAACGUUCCUCCCCCGCCGGAGCCGACGACGGAGGAUCCCGUCGCCAAGGAAUUCGACCCUAUUGAUUCCGGCAGCGAUCUCGAGGAAGACGAUCUUAAGACAGCACUCGGGAAGCAAAGGAAAGACAGGAAACACGCACCAUUGCAGCCGCUGACAGCUACGCAACGCAAACACAUCGGCCGUCUGAUAGAAAAAUUCGGAGAUGACUACAAGGCCAUGGCUCGGGACACGAAGCUAAAUGCAAUGCAGCAUACAGUUGCAGCUCUUCGGAAGCUUUGCACGAGAUAUCACAUGCACAAGGACAAGAACCCUAUGUUAGUUCCAAGCUAAGACACACCACCAUUGAGAUAAUAGCUCAAGCAUAAUGCCUCUUUCAUGUCCAACUCUUCUUGUUUAAUUUAAUCUAUGAUGGCAUUGUAAUGGCUCCCCCUGAACUGUUAUUAGUUAUUACAGUCUCUUUGUGCGUUGUCAAA